CUCAUUUCAGUAUUCUAAAAAAAAGGACAAUGGGGCUACCCGUCCGCAUUGCCUGGCAACCUAACCCUUUUUUUCUGGUUCAAGAACCUAACCUCUCUUCCAACCCGAAGGCGCACCCUCCUGCUCUUUCUCCUCCUCUCUCCCUCCGCUUCUUCUCUCUCACCUCCUCCGCGAUAUUCUUCUAGUAUUUCUUUUCUCGUUUUGUUUCCGGACUUCCCUACGGACCGAGGAACGGAGAUCGCGAAAUCAACGGCUCGGAUUUAGUGGAGUACGGCGAAUCCACGUCAUGGAUGGCCGUUCCGACAGCAGCGAUCCGGAAGAUCCUUGCAUCGAUCCCGAAUCCAACGAUGUCUGUCCGCCCGCCACCGCUGACCUCAACAGCUCCACCCGCCUUCCCUCCCGUACGUCCCCCAACCGAAGCCGGCGGUCGGUCCAGAAACGAGUGGUGUCCGUACCCAACGGCGACGGAGCUGCUCCGCCGUCCGAUUCCUGGGCCUGGCGGAAGUACGGCCAGAAGCCGAUCAAGGGCUCCCCCUAUCCCAGGGGCUACUAUAGGUGCGGCAGCCACAAGGGGUGCCCGGCGAGAAAGCAAGUGGAGAGGAGCCGCGUGGACCCCACCAUGCUGGUGAUGACGUACGCCGGGCAGCACAACCACUCCGGGCCCCUCCCAAAAAACCACCACCAAAGUUCCAAGCUCCGGCCGGUCGAAGCCCCGACCCCGGACCCGGAACCGGCCACGGCUGAAUCAGUCCCGCCCGGUCCAGCUGAUCCGGACCAGAAGUUCGCCGAUUUGAUCGCUGACGAGUCGUCGUCCCUCGUAACGCCCAACGAACUCUACUGGUUCUCCGACGUCGGGUCCACCUCUCCGCCGGAGACCGAUGACGCCCACCUCUACGGCUCCAUAUGCUGCGCCGGGGGCGACAGCGCCACUGCCGGUAUCGCGGUGUUGUUCGCCGACGAGUGCGAAAGGUUGGCAGGCCACGGCGGCGAGGGGGAGGAGGACUCGAUGUUCGCGGACCUGGGGGAGUUGCCGGAGUGCUCGGCGGUGUUCCGGCGAGCGUUCGUAGAGAGGCACGUGGGAGGGGAGGAGAGCCGGCGGUGCACCUUAACGACGGCGCCGUGCUGCGGGAGCACCGGAUGAUACGAUGACGUCAUCGUUGCGCUGCCUUACCCAUCUUACCCUGAGAGCGUGUCGUGCGCCGUGCGACUCCAUAAAUUUUCUUGUAUGCACAUGAAGACGCUGCUGCACCACGUCAUCCGUAUCACAGUCAAUUAUUACUGUAUGAUCUACUCAAAGAGCUCACUUGAUACACCACUACGAAAACGAACGGCUGUGAUAUAUAAUAUAUAUGAUGUAUACAGUGUAGGAAAUAAUUUUUCGUCGGUGCUUGUCUUUAACGAUUA